AUGGAUCCCCCGAUCCCACAGGAGAUCCAGAGGCUCCUGGAAGAGGCUGAGGAUUACCUGAGCCAGGCUUUGCGGGAGGAGCCGCUGAGCGCGCGGGCGCGGCAGCAGCGCGACGCCAUCCUGGGCGCCUUCCAGCGCCUCCGAGCCCGGUACCACCUGGAAUUCCCAUCCCGAGGAGGGGACGAGCACGACGGACACGACGGCUCUGAGGAAAAUCCCAGCUGGAAUUUUGGCCCUUCCCGGAUUUCUCCGGCCUCGUUCCCGAUAGAAUUCCAGGAUGAGGGUCUGGAGGAGAUCCCACGGCCCGUCCAGGAUUCCGGGAAUAUUUUGAAGCAAGGAUACCUGGAGAAAAGAUCCCGAGAGCCCAGCUUUUUCGGCUCCGAUUGGCACAAACGCUGGUGCGUCCUCACCCAACGGAAUUUCCUCUACUAUGCCAACGAGAAAAGCAAGCACCCCAAAGGCUCCUUUCCCAUCGAGUGCUACCAGGCCCACCUGGAUUCCCAGCUCCGGAAAGAUUCCCGGAGAAAAUGCUGCUUCCAGCUGCUCUGUCCCGGAAAACGCUCCUACGAGUUCACAGCUCCGAGCCCGGCCGAGGCGCAGGAUUGGGUGGAGCAGAUCCAGUUCCUCCUCAGGGACCUUAGCUCCAUGACCAUUCCCUGCGAUGAGGAUGAGGAGGAGGAAGAGGAAGAUCUCUCCAAGGACCGGGACAGCUCCGAUUCCAUGAACGAUUCCCAAAAUUCCACCCUGAAUCCGGAGGAGCCGGAGCUGGAAGGCGACGACAUCUACGAGGUGCUGCCAGAUGAGGAGCUGGAACCGCCAUUCCCAGAGGAUGAGGAGGAUUUCGGGAGCGAGGAGGAAAAUUCCGACUGGGAUUACUCCAGUUAUUACCAGGGAUUGUGGGAUUGCCACGGGGACAAUCCCGACGAGCUCUCCUUCCAGCGGGGCGACCUCAUCCGCAUCCUCAGCAAGGAGUACCCCGGGUACGGCUGGUGGGUCGGGGAGCUCGGCCGGGAAAUCGGGAUCGUGCCGAGGGAAUUCCUGGCGCCCGCCUUCGAGCUGGAGCAGUGACGGGCCAGGGACAGGCGGGACCGGGAAUGGCAGCGCAGGGACAACGCCAGCCCACAGCAUUCCCUGGAUCCCAAAUCCCACAAAUCCCACAGAUCCCAUGGGAUUCCCACAGCAGAGCCACGUGCGGAGGACCCAGCGCCGGCCUUGAGUGGAUUUAUCCCAAAAAUCCCCCCUGGAGCCAUUCCGUGGGGAAACUGAGGCACGCACCCUGCUUUUCCCAAAAAUCCCCUGGAGAUCUCCUGCUCUCGUUAUCCUGCUUUUCCUGGGUCAAUCCCAAAUGCCCUGGAGAUCCCAAAUCCAGGUGUUCUCCUAUCCCAAAUCCAGCUGUUCCCCAAUCCCAAACCCAGCUGUUUUCCCUCAAUA